CUCAUCCUCGAGGUGCCACAUGAUUUACGACCGCGUGGAAACAAGCGAGCCCCGACGUGUUGGCGCAUGUAGCGUGGAUGCCGGUUUAUAAGCCGCGCGAUCGCCUCAGGGGGGGAACAGUCUGCUUUCACUCGCUUCACAAUGCCUCGGUGUGUGUUCUGCUUUUUUGAUCCUCACGAUAUCGAGGAUGAAUCGGACGACGACGACGAUUCUCGGGACGGCGCACCUCCUACACUGCCUGCUCACGUGAUGCGAUCUCACCCCGACGUGGAUACAUCCUUCCUGCCCUUCUUCCAGACUGACGCCGCAUUUAGAGGUAUCGUCAAAAGAUUCACGCUAUUGGCAUCUGUUCACGAUCAGGGAGUAGAGGAUUUGCGACAAUAUUUAAUGAGUCACUUUCACGAUAUGCUCGCCAUAUUGAGAGCGCAAAGAAUACCCUUUAGGUUUUGCAUUUGUUCCGAUGCUUUAAUGGUGAGGGAAACUCGGGGGGAGAUAACCGCGCACAUAGCCCACUUUAUGGCGUUUGCUCGCGAAGUCCACAGCGAUGGAGCCGUCGCGAAUACCCUAAUGGACGCGAUUCAGGAGUCCAUGGGACGCGUAGAAAAUUAUCAGCGGGAAGGGAGCGGGUUCGUGUCCACCGACGUCCAAAAGGUUCAAAUAUGCAUUUCCGCGGUGAAAACUAAAAAAUUCGGAUGCAAAGGGGCACUUCCCGAUCAUUUGGCUACACGCAGGAACGUGCUGACGAAUAUUCAUUUACCAGCACAUAAGGAGGGUGAGUGUUUUAAAUACAAUACGCUUGCCCUCCUGCACCCGCAGGAAAGUAAUUCGUGGAAAAAAUGUGAAAACUAUGCCGCGGAGUACUGGUGGCCUAGUCGCUUCCCCGUUUCCUACUCUGAUCUGGACGAAUUCGAAGAUAAAAACAAGAUAUCCGUGUACGUAUACGAGUACGUCGAUCAGGGAGUGCACGUGUCGCGAUCCCCAAAACUCGAGUAUGAAAAGAAAAUUCACUUAUUGGCUGUAGAUGAACAUUUUUUCGGAAUCAAGUCUCUCGAGCGCUUACUGAUGAGAGACAACAGGCGUUUCGUAUGCGAGCGUUGCACGCGCUCUUUUAACAAGGAAGAGAGCAUGGCGAAACAUCGUCGCCUGUGCGCGGACGUAAACGAAAUCAUAUUGGAAUUUUGCGAACCGGGCAAAAACUUUGUAGAGUUUACUAAAAUACAGUACAAGCAGCAGUACAACUACGUCGUCGCGUUGGACACGGAGAGCGUACUCGCGCCCAGUGGUGUUGGCAUGCAGCGUCACGUCACCUCGAGCUUUUGUGCCGUGCUCGUACGCACCCACGACUCGAAGGUGAUGCGCAUCAGGGCGCACCACGGUGAAGAUUCCGCGAGGCAGUGCGUCAGAGCUUUGAUGGAAAUGCGGGACGAGAUGAUCGCCCUGAACGCCUGCCCCGCGGAAAUGGUGCUGAAUGAUGAGCAACGAGCGCGGCACAGAGCUGCCACCCACUGCGCGUACUGCGGGCGGGAGUUCGCGCAAGAUGUAUCCCGUGUCCGGCACCACGACCAUUCCAAGCGUUGUACUGCCGGCGAGACAAAUUACAUCGCGACGCUGUGCAACCCCUGUAACGUAGCGUGCACGACGCGGGAAAAACUGCCCAUCAUGGUGCACAAUCUGGCCUACGAUUUGGCCGGACUACUGCGGGAAUUUCACCUUCUCGGGUGGAAGCGAGCUCCCUUCAUCGUGGCCAGUUCCAUGGAAAAAAUCCGAUCGUUCGAAAUUGGCACCUUCCUAUUCAGAGAUACCAUGCAGUACCUAAAUUCGUCGCUGGGAGAGCUCGUGGAAACCGUCAAAUCCAUGGGGGGCGCAGAGGCGUUCCAAUGCCUGAAGCAGGUAUUUGGAGACGACUACGAAAUUUUGCUUCGUAAAGGUGUAUUCCAGUACAGCCACGUUAGCUCGUUCGCGGUCUAUGACGAAUUGGCUCUGCCGGCAAAAUCCGCCUUCCGAAACGAUCUGACGGGGGAGGAUAUAAGCGACGAAGACUAUCAGUACGCGCUGCACGUAUUUGAACGUUUUGGAUGCUCGAAUCUGAGGGAUUAUAAUGCAUUGUACCUGAAAACGGAUGCCCUGUUACAUGCUGACGUAAUGCAGCACUUCCGGCGCCUGUGCUACGACGCGCGCGGAUUGGAAUUCCUUCAUUGUGUUUCGCUGGCAUCCUAUUCGUGGCAAUGCGCUCUAAAUUACACGCGGGCAAAAUUGGAGCUGAUCAUCGCCGAGGACAUGUACCGGACCAUCGAAUCGGGUGUUAGAGGUGGACUCUGUCAGGCGAGCAGGCGUCAUUUACGGGCUAACAACCCGCUGUGCAGUGGCUACGAUCCCGAUAAAGAGGAGGUGUACAUAUCGUACAUAGAUUGCAACAAUCUUUACGGAUUCAGUAUGAUAAAGCACCUCCCAGUCGGCGAUUUCGAAUGGGUCGAGGAUUUUAGCUCCGUGGAUUUUAUGCGUCAUCCCACAGAUUCCGACGUGGGAUACGUGUACGUGUGCGAUUUGGAGUAUCCAAAAUCUAUCCACGCGCUGACGCGGUACUUCCCCCUGGCUCCCGAGAAGGCGGUCGUCCCGAAGGAAUGGCUCUCACCAUUCCAGCGAGGGCUCCUCGAAGAGUUAAUGUAUCAGCCGGCGAACAGCAAAAAGCUGCUGCUCACGUGCAAGGACAAGGUCGAGUACGUGGUUCAUUACGCGCUGCUCGCUCUCUAUUGUAGACUGGGCAUGCGGGUGACAAAAAUUCACAGAAUUCUAAAAUUUCGUCAGGCACCAUUCCUGCGUCCAUAGAGAUAAUAUAGGAAGACUCUAGAGAACGGCCGU